ACUUACACACCAAUCCUCACUAAUAUCAGGAUACUCGCUCUCAUUAAGGGAAAACCAGAAAAAAUACAUUUCUGCAGAUAUUUAAGUAAACUUACUCAGCGUAUGAGUUCUGCUUCUUUAUCUAAUGAUCUGCUGAGUGUUUCUACUUCCUGUUAUUUUAUUUUAGUUUAUAUAUUUGUAUAGAGCUCUGACAGUUGUUCGUGCACAGCUGAAUGAAGUCACGAGAUAAUAAAUGAAGGUAAUGAAAUGAUAAUGUGUGUGAUGUAGAUUUUACCAGACUGUUAAUUCUGUUCUCUGUAUUUGCAGCGUUUUCAGGCGUAUACUUUCAGUAUUUACAGGCCUUUGCUCGAUGGAUCAGAAAGCUGUCUGAUAACAAACCAUAUCUGUGUGUGUGUGUGUGUUUAUUACCCUACCUCACUGCCCCUCCCCCUCUGCAGAGUAAACGGUUAGUAAGUGAAAGUGAAAGUCAGCCUCCAUUUUGUGUGGAGGGGAAAAUACACCAUUUCAGGAGUAAAAACACAAGACUAUUUCCUGUAAGUGAACUCUGUGCUGAUACAGGGUUUGAUUUAACACACCGAUGUUGGAGUGAAGUAAACGUGUGUCCUGCUGUAAUCUGGAGAAGGAGACAUGACCUCCAACAUGAGUGUGUCUGGAAAACAGGACUUAAAGAGAGAGGAGAGAAUGAUGGAGGGAAAGAGAUCAGACUCACCAGAACCCAGCUGUGUGUCCAUGAAGAGUGACGCGUCAAUGGAUAUUCCACUUCACUUCAGAGACGGAGCCAGUUCUCCUGAUGUGAGACCACAACAGAAGAAAUCAAACCUCAGCAGAAAUCAGCUGGACUCCAUAUUCAAGGAGCUGGAACACAAAGUCAUCACUCUGAUAAAGAAUGAGCUGAAGAGGUUUAGGAAGCUCCUGAGUCCAGAUUACCCAGCAUGCACUGAGAGGGAGGUGGAGGAUGAGGAGGAUCUGCACAGUGUCAGAGACGGAGCGCUGAAGAUCACACUGCACGUCCUGAAGAACAUGAACCACACAGAUCUCGCUAACACACUGCACAACAAGUCUGUGGCCUCUGUGUAUCAGACAAAGCUGAAAUCCAGCCUGAGAGAGAAGUUUAAAAGAAUUAAUGAAGGAAUCUCACAGCAUGGAAGCUCAGCACUUCUGAAUGAGAUCUACACAGAGCUCUACAUCACAGAGGGUUGGAGUGGAGACGUCAAUAAUGAACAUGAGGUGAGACAGAUUGAGACAGCGUCCAGGAGACCAGCAGCACAGGAGACACCCAUCAAAUGUAAUGAUCUCUUUAAAGACAAGUCCAUCAGAAGUGUGCUGACUAAAGGAGUUGCUGGAAUUGGAAAAACAGUCUCUGUGCAGAAGUUCAUUCUGGACUGGACUGAAGGAAACGCAAAUCAGGACGUCACCUUCAUGUUUCCACUUCCCUUUAGAGAGCUGAAUCUGAUGAAGCAGAAACAUCUCAGUCUGAUGGAUCUUCUUCAUCACUUUUUCCCUGAGAUGAGAAAACUAGAAGUAAUAGACUCCUACAAAGUGGUGUUGAUCUUUGAUGGUCUGGAUGAGUGUCGACUUCCUCUAAAUUUCCAGAAGAAUGAGAGAUUGUGUGAUGUGACAGAGUCAGCCUCAGUGGAUGUGCUGCUGACGAACCUUAUCAAGGGGAAUCUGCUUCCCUCUGCUCUCCUCUGGAUCACCUCUCGACCAGGAGCAGCCAAUCAGAUCCCUCCUGAGUGUGUAGACCAGGUAACAGAGGUACGAGGGUUCAGUGAUCCUCAGAAAGAGGAGUACUUCAGGAAGAGGAUCAGUGAUCAGAGCCUGGCCGAUAAAAUCAUCUCACACAUGAAGUCUUCAAGAAGCCUCUACAUCAUGUGCCACAUCCCAGUCUUCUGCUGGAUCUCGGCCACUGUUCUAGAGAGAAUGUUGGGUGAAGCAGAGAGUGGAGAGAUCCCCAAGACUCUGACUCAAAUGUUCACACGCUUCCUGAUCUUUCAGAUCAAACACAAGGACCAAAAGUACCAUCAGAAAUGUGACCCUGAUCCUCAGCAGACCAGAGAGAGUAUCCUGGCACUGGGAAAACUGGCUUUCCAACAGCUGGAGAAAGGAAACCUGAUCUUCUAUGAGGAAGACCUGAGAGAGUGUGGCAUUGAUGUCAGAGAAGUGUCAGUGUACUCAGGAGUGUGUACCCAAAUCUUCAGAGAGGAGUUCGGGCUUCACCUGGGGAAGGUGUUCAGCUUUGUACAUCUGAGUGUUCAGGAGUUUCUGGCUGCUUUAUACACAUUUCUCUCCUUCAUCAGCAGAAAUGUAACAGAACAGCCAACCACUAAUCUGUCUGAUCUUCUCAACAAGUCAGACAUGUCUGAUCUCCUCAUGAGUGCAGUGGACAAGGCCUUACAGAGUGAGAACGGACACCUGGACCUGUUCCUCCGCUUCCUUCUGGGUCUCUCACUGGAGUCCAAUCAGACUCUCUUACGAGGCUUAAUGCCACAGACAGGAAGCAGCUCUCACAGCAAACAGGAAACAGUCGAGUACAUCAAGGAGAAGAUCAGGGAGAAUCCAUCUCCAGAGAAAUCCAUCAAUCUGUUCCACUGUCUGAAUGAACUGAAUGAUCAUUCUCUAGUGCAGGAAGUACAGACUUACCUGAACAGAGAAGAUUACUGUCGUCUCAGGGGAACCAGACUCUCUCCUGCUCAGUGGUCAGCUCUGGUGUUUGUGUUACUGAACUCAGAUCAGGAGCUGGAUGAGUUUGAUUUGAGUAAAUAUGACCCAUCAGAGGAAUGUCUUCUGAAGCUGCUGCCAGUGGUCAAAGCCUCCAGAACAGCUGAGCUGUGUCGGUGUAAUCUGACAGAGGAAAGCUGUAGAGUUCUGUCCUCAGUUCUCAGAUCAAACUCCUCCAGACUGAGAGAACUGGACCUGAGUCGCAAUAACCUGCAGGAUUCAGGAGUGAAGCUGCUCUCUGCUGGACUGGAGAAUCCACACUGUACACUGGAGAUACUGAGGCUGUGGAGGUGUAAACUGACAGAGGAAAGCUGUAGAGUUCUGUCCUCAGUUCUCAGAUCAAACUCCUCCAGACUGAGAGAACUGGACCUGAGUCGCAAUAACCUGCAGGAUUCAGGAGUGAAGCUGCUCUCUGCUGGACUGGAGAAUCCACACUGUACACUGGAGAUACUGAGGCUGUGUGUGUGUAAACUGACAGAGGAAAGCUGUAGAGUUCUGUCCUCAGUUCUCAGAUCAAACUCCUCCAGACUGAGAGAACUGGACCUGAGUGACAAUAACCUGCAGGAUUCAGGAGUGAAGCUGCUCUCUGCUGGACUGGAGAAUCCACACUGUACACUGGAGAUACUGAGUCUGCGUGUGUGUAAACUGACAGAGGAAAGCUGUAGAGUUCUGUCCUCAGUUCUCAGAUCAAACUCCUCCAGACUGAGAGAACUGAACCUGAGUUACAAUAACCUGCAGGAUUCAGGAGUGAAGCUGCUCUCUGCUGGACUGGAGAAUCCACACUGUACACUGGAGAUACUGAGGCUGUGUGUGUGUAAACUGACAGAGGAAAGCUGUAGAGUUCUGUCCUCAGUUCUCAGAUCAAACUCCUCCAGACUGAGAGAACUGAACCUGAGUGACAAUAACCUGCAGGAUUCAGGAGUGAAGCUGCUCUCUGCUGGACUGGAGAAUCCACACUGUACACUGGAGAUACUGAGGAUGUGGAACUGCAGUAUUACAGAUGAAGGUUGUGCUGCUCUGGCUUCUGCUCUGAGGUCAAACUCCUCAUCACACCUGAGAGAACUGAAUCUGUACUAUAAUAAUCCAGGAGAAUCAGGAGUGAAGCUGCUCUCUGAUCUACUGAAGGAUCCACACUGUAACCUGGAGACACUACACAUUAAGUAUAAUAAACUCACCAGGACGGCGUAUGACGGGAGUCUCACCUCAAACCUCUUCUCCAGGAUAAAGCAGUCUUGGUGAAGAGUUAGAACCCGUCCCACAUUUCCAGCAGUUUGGGAGCUGAAUCAUUAAACUUAAAGGGGCAGAGCAGAAACAAAGUCAAGAACAGGCAGAAGGUCGUACACAGGAGAAAUCAACACACGUAACCAAAUAUCUGCUGUACAAAGCAACGGCACCGAUCUGCCCCGGGGAUGGAGACUGACGAGGCUUAAGUACACGUCCGGAAAUGUACAGCCAACUCAUCCCAAAGCACGAGGCGGGAGCAGGCGUGUACGAGAUGUGAUCGUCCAAUGGCAAGCCGGAACAUGACGCAUUGCAGUGGACUGGGCUUAAAAGAGGAGGAGACAAGACACCCAUCCCUCCCCCGACAUAGACACACGAAUGGAACAUAGUACAAACAGAAAUACAACUGAGGACGUAACAAUGGCCAAGUAUCAAAUAAAAUCUAAACUUGCAUUGAUGAAGUUAAUGUUGUUAGUAAUUGUUUAUAAAUUACCAUGGUAACACAGAGCUCCAAGGUAUAAAAAUAUGGAGUUUGUCAUCAAUCAAACAGUAACCAGUUUUAAUACCUAAAAAAGUUUACGUAGCAAAAUUUAGCAAAGCGCUUUACAGUAAAUUAAAAUGUAAAAUUAAACUAAUGAAAUGUUGUGCAGCACAUGCUUAUGUUAAUGUUUGUUACAUUAUAUGAUCAUAUAAAUAAAUAAA